AAUAAUAAUAAGAAAAAACAAAUAAUAUUAUAUUAUGGCUCUGGUACCCUCAUCUGGUGGAGGCGCCGUAACCGAUUGGGAUUAUUGGGAUUAUCGCCGACGUUUAUGGCGCGAUUGGGAUUUAAUGGACUGGGAUGUGCCCUAUUGGCGACGUCUGCAACGUAUCGGCUCUGCUCCCGAUUUGAGUCGCGUUAUCGUGGGGAAAGAUGGUUUUGAAGCCAAUGUGGAUGUUGGCCCAUUCAAACCGUAUGAAAUUGCUGUCAAAACUUGUGGCGACACUGUGAUAGUAGAAGCGAAACAUGAAAAAAGGCGUGACGGCGAUAACUAUGUUGGCCGUCAUAUAGUGAAACGUUUCGUUUUACCGCGUGGCUAUUAUCCCAACGAUGUACGGGCUGAAUUGUCAUCGGAUGGAGUUUUAACAGUCAAAUGUCCUCCAUCUUCGAAUACGGAACGCAGUGUUUAUGUGCGACAAACUACGUUGCCAUUUCUAAGUCGUUAAAUAUGUAUAUAGUUUAUUUUGUUUUUUCUACUAAAAACCAAAAAGAAAGACUUUCAUUUUUCUUUUCCUUUUGUUUUUUUUUGUUUUUCUAUGAAUUUUCGAACGAACGAGAACGUGAAACAUACGUGUAUUUUAUUUACUAUUAAUUACUUACCAACACUGCGAUUAUUGCCAAUAGAUAUGUUUUUGUCUUUUUUAAUUAG